UCUCACCUCCCUCACAGCUUCACUUUCUCUUCACUAUCAAUACUUGAAAGCCUUCGAACAAUACUUGGCAAGAAUUCAACUCAUACCACCACAACCCUACAAUCAUACAUACAGCAAGCCAUGGCUCCCAAUCCUGAGGUUUCCGCUCAAGACUUCGAGUUCCUCCUCGAAUGCCUCAGAAGCAUCGAUGAUUCGGGCAUGGUCGACAUCGCCAAGGUUGCCAAUACUCUCCAGUAUACCAAUGUUGCAUCCGCUGGAAACCGGUUUCGUCUUCUUCGUAAGAACUUGAACUUUCCAAAUCUGAACUGCAGAAACUCCUGUCCCUCGCCGAAGAAGAAAGAGACUACCACGGGAGAGCCCUCCGCUACCAAAGCUGGUGGUGCGAAGACUACUCGUGCACGGAAGGGGGCAAAGGUUUCCGCAAAGCCAAUCCCUGCCACUGGAGAUAUUGUGACCAACGCGUCUGACAAUAUCAAAGGGGCAUCUUCUGGCCUGGAUGAGGCGGCCUUACAGGUCAUGUCCGAAGCAUUAGAAACAGUGGAGAAGGUACAGAAGUAAUCUACUCCAUCUGUUGUCAUCCCCAGGAGUUGUGCUGGCUUUCCUUCACGCGGUACCUUGAAGAUCGAGUCCUUCUUUCGGAAUUUCGAAGUCUACCUGUACUGGGGAGAAUAGCAUGGGGAUACUGAAAGUGGAGGCAGAACGGUCCAUUUUGACGCAAUAUUCUGGUGGUCUGUUAUUUAGCAAGGUCAUUUUGUAGUGGGUUCAAUAACACUGUGGUUGGGGAUUCGAGAG